AUGUCUGCAUGCGUCUGUUGAUGACGACAUAUUUUCGAGUGACUCACUCUCAUCUUACUUGUUCAGCUAUUUAAUAGGAAUCUUGAAAAAGAUGGAAUUUAGUUAAGUAACAGCGUUGGCCUGUGUAAGAACAGCUACUGAGCUUUUCCAUUCUUCUAACCACACGACGGGAUAAUUAGGACAUCCAUGUCAAAUUUCUAAUAACUUGUUCGUCAAAGUCUAGAAUUUCCUGUUUGAGGUACAUUUAAAUUCGCUAAUAAACACAUAAGCCAUGUUCCAGUAUCAUAAUGGCCCCAAUUUUUGGCAAGGGAUUUUAUAGGUUCAUAACACAUGCACAGGUGCAGAUUACAAGUGCAGCGGUUUGAAUUGUAGUGGUCAGCUUUAAACGCGAAGUGCAUCACAAAACCAGCAAUUUUAAGUAGCGUAUAUAGUUUGCGAAGGUUGUGUGUAAAUCAAGAAUAAUCAACGCGGGUGCCGCUUUAUAGGGACGUGCAUCUACACAUUCGCCUGUUACGUUCGGCAAGCUGAAUCCCAGGUGCAUCUGUUUAUGCUCUUUUUUGAAAAUAGAAACGAAAUAUUUAGACGGUAGUUCGGACAUUGAGUUCUAACUCAUUACACUCUGACCAGUUUCGUGAAAACAAACGAGUUCAUUAUGUUCUUUGGAAGCGUGGGCCUUUUGAUCUUUCUGCAUAUGUACUGUGCUACGACAAUGUUCCCAAAACACAUGCUUCGAUACCCCGACGUGAUCCGGCAGUUUCGUGAUGCAGACCCAUGGUUCUUAAAAUCCCUUCCCGAUUUCAAUAAAUUUUUCGUGUCUCAAAUUUCUGUUCAAAAAAUAAAUCAUUCGGGGGAGAGCAUCUACAUCAACAAAGAGCUCAUGGAAAUCGACGUCAAGUACGGCAAGAUCGAAGAAUAUCGCAGCACAAUCGCAGGCAUAUACGGCAUUUUAUAUCAGGGCAUCGACACAAUUGGGAACGGUCUUUCUUACGACAAAGCACUCGUUACCUUUAAUGUGAGCAUGCCUUUCGAUGAAGAACCCAAUGCUAGGCUGGAAAUUGGUUCGAGUUUCCCGGGCAUCUUUGAAGUGAUAGCUAUGGGCACGACAAACUAUGUCCCUGUGAAAAACAUCUGGAAACUGCACUCUAUACCGCUACUAGUGACUGAAGAAGGUCGUUACUUCAAUAUUAGCUUGGACUUCAUUACGGUUUCGCUCAAGUCGAAUGAAGGUAAGGUUUUUAUUGACAAUCAGAUCAGCGGUUACUUGAACCUGGAGUGGAACAUCAAAAGUAACUCGGUUUUGCUGUACGGAAUGCCUGGAGUCGGCGAACUUGACCCACACAACACAAUCAUGAUCAAUUUCAAAAAAGAACCUCAGUGCUUGUAUCGGCAACAGGAAUGCUCACAAAUUAAGGUAAAUAUAAAAUCUGAGCUUUGGAACUCAGGUUAUACCGUUAGGCCUUCAUUUGAAGCCACAUUUGCAACAGAAUUCUCUUUGGUUGACGAUCGGAUAUCAGCAGCCAAAUGUAUAGCGGAACUGUACGGUGUUCAAAUUAUGGAUUUACAUGGACUGCAAUUUGUCAGCCAGAAACUCGAAAGACAGGCUAAAGGACCAUCAGUUGUCGUAUCUAAAAUGAAUGGAACGAUCCUUCAUAAGCACCUUGAUUGUGACAUUAUACAAAGAAUAAAAGAAAUGAAAUAUCCCGCGAGGUUACCGCAAUGCGAGUGGUCGUUGCUUUCACUUAAACAUGAUUUGAAUUACGGGAAGAAGAGAUGUGAUCAUUUCGAGAGCUUUCAUCCUAAAGAAAUAGGCAAACCGGACCGUGGCGACCCGACUAGAUAUGGCGACGGAUUAAGCGUUGCCUCGGCAAAUGCAGAUGGACAGUUACGACUUAUGAAAGUGAUAGGAUCAUCAAUGAGAUCAUACACUACUGUGGCGGAAAUAGAAGGGACAGAGAAAAAUUUGAUACCACAUUCUGCCGGCGAACACGAAAAUGGCGGGAGUGAAAACUCUACUGAAGCCGCAACCCCAUCAAACCCAAAACCUUCAUGGGGCGAACUGCAUGAUAUACCCUACAAGUCACGCCUAGUCCAUCUUACCAUCAUUUUUAGUGCUCUAGCAGGCGUCGCAAUAACCGCAUUUAUUAGCGUGCUCUGUUAUUAUUGGCGUCGGGAUUUACGUAGCUACCCUCCGCAUCAUUCGUGAUCUCAAAUGUUAUCUGAAAAAAGAAGCAAACGUUUUAUAAUCGAAUCAAGUUUUUAUAUUGGCGUCGCCUCAGAAGAACCUGUGCUUUUCUCACCCGACAUACAUUAAUUCAUAAUUAUCGUGCCAGUUAUCGAUAUAUGGCCACUUCGCUCGCUUUGUAAAAACAGACUUAGUUUAAAACGUCGCGGAGAUACCAUUUGAAUAUUACUACAAGCAGCGUCUAAUUACAACACAUUUUUAACGUGUCCUACCAAUGUAGAGUACACCCAGGGACUGUGAAAUCGGAAAUUUCGUUAACAUGUUUUUCAACGACUUUUACGAAUGUGUAAUAAAUCGAAUCAAAUUAAUAUAAUAAUUUUUUUAGCUCAGUUAGCAGUUGAAUUCAAGGAAGUUAGUGUGUUACAGUCCUUUGUAAAAACAAAGUUAGCUAAAUUUUUAGUUUUUGAUGCCGCUCGUAUCGAACGGCAUCGAAGGUAUUUUCAGGUUAUUUAUCGAUCAUUCAUGUAUACUACACUACAAUAUAGAUAAAAUAAAUUCCAAAUUGUUGAUAUACGUAUGUGUAGGUAGGAAAUGUAUUAUUUAAUAUAAUACUUAGCAAGGUUAACCAUUCAAAAUGACUUCUCAGUUAUAAUUCGAGUUAACGACAGUGUCAAUUGUGUGUGAUAACUAUGACUAUGGUUUUAUGACUCGUUGAUAUUGGCCAAGGUUCCCAACCAACUAAAAGAUGCAUAUCUUUUGCUUACACACUAAACGCAUAAUAAACCUGAAUUCCUACUUUCGAAAUCGACAACUCCGACAACCAACGAACAAAA